CCAAAAAACCCAAAAGGUAAUAUUAAAUAAUUUAAAAACCGUCAUCCUCAGGACGUCAACUGUUAACGCUACAAUGAUAGGUGUAACACUUGCACUCGCCCUUCGAUAAUCACACAGUUCCUUCCAUAAUAUUCGCUUUCCACUCCACCGCCGGUAUGCCGCCGUCCGGCGACCCGUCCGGCGACGUAGCUAAGACAUCCACCGGCGUCCACUGCACGUGCUCUUCCACCGAAGAUGAAAUCCAAAACCAAAAUCAAAACUGCCAGCAUUGCAGGCGAUCAACUCUCCCUUCCUCAUCAUCAUCUUGCUCUUUGCUUAGCCUGGAAUCUUAUCCUGUUCAGGACUAUGAUAAGCUUUGGAGAAUUUAUAGUGCUUCAAUUAAAGGAUUCACUAUAGGUGCUGGCCUUAAAGGUGGCCUUGCUAUCUUCGCUCUUCUCUCUCGCCUACGACGGAGAAAAUCCUUGUCCUCUGCCAAAAAGGCGCAAAUGGUCUCCAGCAGCGAAGAUGUAAGUUUCGCACUAAAAGAAACUUUAAGAUAUGGUCUAUUCCUUGGCACUUUCGCUGGUACAUUUGUAUCAGUUGAUGAAAUUGUAUCCGCUUGGGGAGGUCAUCGAAGGACAGCUAAGUGGAGAGCAUUGUUAGCGGGUGCAAUUGCAGGGCCAUCAAUGCUUCUUACUGGUAACACACAGCAUACGAGCUUGGCGAUUUACAUUCUUGUGCGUGCGACUGUGUUGGCAUCGCGUUGUGGAAUAAAAAGUAAGCGGUUUGGGCGUAUAUGCAAGCCUUUAACUUGGGCUCAUGGAGACAUUUUCCUUAUGUGUCUGUCCUCUUCACAGAUCCUGUCCGCUUAUAUAUUGAAGCAAGAUAGUCUGCAUCCAUCUUACAAAUCCUUUCUCAACAAACAUGGUGGCAAAGCUCAGGUUAUCCUGCAGGGUGUGAGAGACCUGGCAUGUGGGAACUCUGUAGUGAAUUUGGAUGCAAUAGAGAAUCAUUACAAGUCCAAUGGUGUUGACAUCAAACUGGAUCCUCAAAUGAAAGUACCCUGCUCGAUAGUACAUGAGAAUCAAGGAUGUGGUGCACAUUUUAUUUCUUUUCUAAUUCAAGCCUACAAGAGAGCUUUGCCUGUUUACCUUCCAGUUUAUUUAGUUCCUGCACUCAUUGUACAUCGUCAAGACCUCUUGAAAAGACCUAACACAAUUUUGGCAAAGGGUCUCCUGGGUACAGCAAGGUCUAGUCUAUUUCUCUCCGUAUAUUGUUCAUCUGCCUGGUUAUGGACAUGUCUUCUCUUCAGGCUGUUCAAGAGAUGUAACAUCCCCAUGGUUGUACUGGGAACGUUCCCUACUGGUCUGGCCCUGGCAAUUGAGAAGAAGAGUAGAAGGAUAGAGAUCUCUCUCUACUGCCUCGCUCGGGCACUUGAGAGUUUCGUCACAUGCAUGACCGAUGUUGGUUAUUUGCCUCAGUCUGAAAAAUUAAAGAGAGCUGAUGUGGUGAUCUUUAGCACCGCAACUGCAAUUAUCAUGCAUUGUUAUGCUAUGGAGAGGGAUGUAUUUAAAUCCAAGUACUUGAAUGUUCUUGAUUGGGUGUUCGGUGUGCCUCUUCCCCCCUAUGAAACCACUCCUCGCAAGAAAAGGUGAAGAGCUCGCAGCUAUUACGUGUUAUCUAUGACAUACCUCAUCCACAUAAGGAAUUGAUUCCUGUCGCGCAAAGGAGGCAUUAUUCUUUUCCCCUAAGUUAAUAUACCAUUCUUUAUCGUGAGAGACGUUUGUACACAAAUAAAUGCCGCAAUUUGCUUUUUAGAACUUGGUACACCACAAUUGUCACAGAGCAAAUCUACUCUGAUGGUCCGUUUUAUUUAAAUUGUCACAAUUGUCGCAGCUCGUAGAACGAAAUUAUCUCAAAUCAGUGUGAUCAUUAGAUUGUCCUAUGCUAGGAAUUUGAGCAAUGUUGUAAUGUUAACGUUCUUGAAAUGUUCAUAUUUCGUCAAGGUCUUCGAAACUAAGCAUAUACGUAAGGCAAUCUGGAAUGUUUGCAGCAAAUUAUUGAGCUCAAUCUUGAAUUGUUACCAUUUUUAAACUAGACCUCUUUUAUUAAGACCACGAUAAUGAAAAAAGAAACCACUAAAAGAUUACGAAUCAGAUAUAGUGAACAAAGGAAUUCUGAUAAUGACUCCAUAAUAAUAUCAACAAUGUCUCCCAACAAUCACAUUACAAUCAAAUUGUUGAACCAUAAGAACCCCUUAAACCAUUUCCAAAGCAAAACACAAACCAAAAAAAAAAAAAAAAAAACUAAUCAAA